UUUAACUUUCGAACUGCGUAUGCAUAGCUAGUUACGUGCUAUAAAUACCUCCUACCAUAUGCAGAUAGGCUUCACUGAAGCAUAGUAGAACUAAGCAUACACUUGUGUAUUUUGUGAUACAUUACUUUCCUGUUUAAAAUGGCAGACGAGUAUGAUCGCAGCAGCUACAAAAGCUCCGGUGCCAAUGGCGAUGAAGGUGGCUACAACAAGACCAGCAAUGAUGACUAUGGCCGUGGUACCGGCGGCUAUAACAAAUCCAGCAGCAACGACUACAAUGGUGGGUACAAGAGCACCAACACCGACGACUACGGUGUCGGUAGCGGUGGUGGCUACAACAAAUCCAGCACCGACGACUACGGUAGCGGUGGUGGCUACAACAAGUCCGGCGCCGACGACGACGACUUAAGCAGCGAUUACAACAAAUCUGGUACCGAUGACUACAGUGGCAGCGGUUCCAAGGACUCCAACAACACCGGCGACUAUGGCCGUGGCGAGGACUACAAGAAGCCUAGCUCCAACGACUACGAUAGCGGCUACAAGAACUCCAGCACCGGGGGCUAUGGCGGCAGCAGCUACAACAAGUCGAGCACGGACGAUUAUGACAGUGGUAAGAACACGUCCAACACUGAUGACUCUGGCAGCGGUGGCUACAAGAAGUCCAGCACGGACAACGACGACAAUGGCUACAACAAGUCCAGCACCGAUGACUAUGGCCGCAGCGGCAGCUACAACAAGUCCGGUGCAGAUGACUACAGUGGCGGCUACAACAAGUCCGGCUCCGACGAGUAUACUACCGGGUCAGGCAGGAACAACUCCGACGACUACUAGAAACUAUCAAGAAAGGGUAUAAGUGUGUUCUUGAUAUAGUGAACGUGUCUGGGUAUUACUGCUUCCCGCUAAAGGAAUUACUAUAUACGAUUGCCCUUAUUUGGAAGAUGGGAUUAUGUGUUAUAUGUGUAUAGUUGAUCGGUCCUAUCUUAAAGUCGAGUGUCGAGGUGAUCCUCAGUGUAUAAUAUGCCCCCGUGUUUGUAUAUGUACCAGUCUAUGCACUGUGCUUUGACAUGCACAAUAUGUAAUCCUUCUAUGUCUGUAAAUGCAUAAAUUGUUGCUAAUAUGGUUGGUUAUGUUUGUAUAA